AUGUCCAUUUCCCUGCAAGGCGACUAUGCUCCUCCUGGCUACGUCAGUUUUGUUCCUCGCAGAGCCAAUGGUAGUGGUGACGACACGAUCCAGGGCAGGGUUGUUGCUUCUGGUAGCAAGAAUGGUGCUCCCAUUGCUGUGAAUAAUGGCAUGAGCACUCCCGCAUGGGAACGAGAACUAUCGUUGGAAAUAUCGAAGUACAAAAGCCCAACUACAGAAGGCACCAUGGCCUACAAACCGGGACCUUUCAACCGGGACCAACUGCAGAAAGCAGCAAAGGAACUCUGCUCACGGUGGGAAGCAGAAGAAUCUCGUUAUGAAGCAAACAAAGUGGAAGCAAGCAAAAGCCUUGAAGCAGAAGAAUCUCAGUUUGUUCUAGUGUCUCGUGGGUGUACCAAAAUUCCUCCAGACGACUUGACUCAAUCUGCUCUCAAUGGUCUGGCUUAUGAUAAGCUGUGGUACUACUUGUCUGAGGAGGGGGAUCUGUUCAUCAUCAAGCUGGCAUCUGGCCUGGUGUACGGUGUUGGAGUUAGUGAAGUCGUAACCGACAUGAACAUCUUUGCACGGCAAUACACUAAUGGAGGUCGAAGAGCCUUCCUUACAAGUACAGAUGGAAAGCUUCGCCUGGCAGGAGGAGGAGUUGCAGCCCCAGAUGCUGUCCUUCAUCGGACCAACCCUGCACCGGCAAAUCCACCGCGUCUCCGGUCACCACUUGUGGUUGAACUAGAGGUCGGAAAGCGUGGCCCAAAAGCAUUGAUGCUACAGCUUGACAUGUAUCUCCAGCAGCCGCACAGCAUGUAUGUUCUUGGUAUCAAGAUUUUCAAGAAGCAGUGCCUUCUGGCUGGCAACCCCUUCCCUGCUGUUGCCAUUUUGUGGCGGAAAGCUCAGAUUGCGGGACAUAAUCAUACUGUUGUGGGAGUUUGGAACUUUGGGAGUGCAGAUUUGCAUCGACGUUCUGUUCAAGCCUUUUGCACAGCACCUGCAAGUGCGAUUCUUGAUGCACCUGCGGAUACUGCUUUUCAACACAAUCCUGCAAGCAACCCUGCAAACAACAAUGUCAUUACAGUGGACGCGACGUUCCUUGUGCAGGGUGUCCAUUAUCCCACCGGGGAUGCAGUUCAGGCUGGACCUGAUCUGACUAUUGAUCUUGCCAAUGUAUUCUAUGCAAGCCGAGAGAGCAGAUUAGAGCAGUCACCACCGCUCGUUUGGAUGGUGGUUUAG